CAGAGGCAGAGGCCGAGCCGGAGCCCCGCCCGUGGCGUGUUCGCGUCGUAUCUCGCUUUAACGCUAGUUUGUGUAUUCUUCAGAAGCCGGACAUCAUUCUUAAUUCAACUGACCGCACAGUGGACCAUCAGAUCAGUAACCGGAUCUUUCCAAAAAGAAAAUCUCGAAUUAUAGAACUCACCAUGCGCGGACGCGGCUGGACUCUGUCCCGGAGCAGCAGCCCAGUCUCUGCCCGUUAGGUCUCUUCUGAACCCCGAGUAAGAAGACUGUAUUUUUCCCCUGAGGUACCGUAUACCUUAGUCAUUUACAAUGGAGGUGUUCCGGUGAAAUACAAUGUCUGUCUGUAGACCGGCCAGUGUAGGACUCUGAGCAAAAGGAAUAAAUCACUGGUUAAUACACCGAGGAAAGUGUCAACCGGAGGCGGAGCACCGCUCCCUUUUUUCGCUCACCGGAAUCUACUCGAGGCCGCGGCUUCGGACGCGGCCUAAAGGACAACAGGAGUGACUUUUGCGUCUUUUUAAGACUUUCGAUAGGUAACUGGAUUUCACCAGACCAGGACCAAAGCAGUGUGGAGAAAUGCCCUAAGUGUGAUAGAGGUUUAUUGAGCGUUUUAUUGGCUUUAGAAGGCGGUUUUAAUAGAACAGAAUGGCGUCUUAUGUAGAUAGCAGUUUUCGGCAGGCGAUUAUGAAGAACCCCAUCGAAAGGACGCAACAGGACCUUCAGAUCGUCUACUCUUACCUACAUGGGAUGGAAGCACUGUCCAGCCUGAGAGAGCACCAGCUCAGGUUAAUGUGUGAAACAGUUCGCUACGAGCAUCAUGAAGCCAACGAGGUUUUAUACUACCCGGACGACAUCGGAAGCUGCUGGUACAUCUUGCUGUCUGGCUCGGUUUUCAUUAAGGAAUCGAUGUUCCUUCCACGCAGCAGUUUUGGGAAACGUUCUGCAGGGAGUUUGCGGCGAGGCUGCGAGUGUAUCGUCCUGGAGGCCUCUGAGAUGAUAGUGGUGGACUAUGUGGAAGACAGCGAGGAGUAUUUUCAGAGGCAAGCGUCUCAUCGACAGUCCAGGAGAAGGUUUCGGAAAAUCAACCAGCGCGGCGAGAGGCAGACCAUCAUCGACACGGUGGAGCAUUAUCCAGCUAGCAAGCCUCCUCUUCCCCCCGGCCAUCACACGGAGUCUUCCAAAUCCCAGCUUCCUGCGGAUUUCACGAAGCUCCACCUCUCAGACGGACUCCACCUCCACAUGUCCUCCAGUCAGUCUAGAUCCAGCAUUGCUAGUGACUCAGGCAGCAGCAGCCUAUCAGAUAUUUACCAGGCUACCGAGAGCGAUUGCGGCGAUGUGGAUCUCAGCGGACUUCCCGAGACCGCGGUGGAUUCGGAGGAUGAUGACGAUGACGAAGAAGUGGGGAGAUCCUCCGACCCCCUGAUGAGUCGAGACAUCGUGAGAGACUGUUUGGAAAAAGACCCCGUGGACCGUACAGACGAUGAUAUUGAGCAGUUACUGGAGUUCGUGCAGCAGCUCCCUGCUUUUUCCAGCCUCAGCGUGUCUGUGCGGCGAGCGCUCUGUGCCGUCAUGGUGUUUGCUGUAGUGGAACGAGCUGGAACUAUCGUACUGAACCAUGGAGAGGAGCUGGACUCAUGGUCAGUAAUCCUAAACGGAGCCGUGGAGGUGAUGUAUCCGGAUGGCCAGUGUGAGACUGUAGGAAUGGGCGGAAGUUUUGGGGUCUCUCCUUCCAUGGAGAAAGAGCUGAUGAUCGGCGUCAUGAAGACCAAAGUGGACGACUGUCAGUUUGUGUGUAUCGCGCAGCAAGAAUACUGCUGCAUCCUGAAUCAGGUGGAACUCAACACGCAGCGAGUGGAGGAGGAGGGAGAGAUUGUAAUGGUGAAAGAACACAGAGAACUUGACCGCACAGGAACACGCAAGGGACACAUUGUGGUUAAGGGAACCCCAGAGCGUCUGAUCCAGCAUUUAGUGGAGGAUCACUCCGUAGUGGACCCAACGUACAUUGAAGACUUCUUGUUGACCUACCGGACUUUCCUUUCUAGUCCUCUUUUUGUUGGCCAAAGACUUUUGGAUUGGUUUAAUGACCCCAGUUUGCGUGACAAGGUGACACGGGUCGUGCUACUUUGGGUAAAUAAUCACUUUGGUGACUUCGAGGGAAAACCAGAAAUGACAAACUUCCUGGAGGAAUUCCAAAACAAACUGGAAAGAGAAAAAAUGAGCGGUCAGUUGCGAUUGCUCAACAUCGCAUGCGCUGCCAAAGCCAAGUCCCGUGUGGUUACCAUCGCGAGGUCCUCUCGUGAGCUGCCCCUCCCCUUCACUCUGAUUGGUGGAGCUGAGAGAGGAACACACCUCUUCAUUGACACUGUGGACCAGGGCAGCAAGGCAGAGGAGGCGGGGCUUAAGCAUGGGGACCAGAUACUUGAAGUGAACGGUCAGACGUUUGAGAACGUCCACCUGUCCAAAGCAAUCGAGAUCCUCAAGAAUAACCUACAGCUGUCCAUGAGUGUCAAAACCAACCUUCUUGUCUUUAAGGAGUUAGUAGCUCGAAUCGCAGAGGAACGGAAAAACGGGGUUCCUCACCUUCCUAAGAUCGGCGACGGGAAGAAAAGCUCCCGCUACUCUGUUCCUGAUCUUGGGGCCGAUACUGGGGUUAUGUAUCAGGAGAAGGUCGGCAAGAAGGCUAAAGCGCACACCAUGGGAGGCCGCAACAAACUGAUGAAGAUUUUGGACAAAACACGCAUUAGUAUUUUACCUCAAAAACCAUACAGUGACCUCGGAAUAGGGCAGACUCAGGAUGACAGCAUUGUGGGCCUGAGACAGACUAAGCAGGCUCCGCCCACCACGACAAUCACCGGAAGCUUGUCUUCCAGCAACCCUGACUUGGCGCAGGGCCAACAGCGCAUCAUUGACUACAGCAUGCAGCCACCUGCACCUGGAUUCACUCAAUUACAAGACCAGGUGCUGCGAGUGUUCAAAGCAGAUCAACAAAGUCGCUACCUGCUGAUAAACAGGGACACGACGGCGAGAGAGGCGGCCAACCUGGCGAUCCGGGAGUUCGGCCUGACCGGCGGCCCUGAAGCGUAUUCACUGUGCGAGGUUUCGGUUACACCGGAGGGCGUCACCAAACAGAGGAGACUUCCUGAUCAGCUCAAUAAACUGGCCGACAGGAUUCAGCUCUGCGCGAGGUACUACCUCAAGAGCAAUAUGGAGACCGAGACGCUGUGCUCAGAUGUCGAGGCCCAAGAACUGCAACGUGAAUCUCAGGUUUGUCUGUUAUCUCUGAGCUCCACCGAGAUAGCCAAUCAGCUCUCGGCACGCAACUACGUGCUCUUUGCCAGCAUCGAGCCCACCGAUUACAUCGAUGACCUCUUCAAACUGCGUCCGCGUGAACUGCCGGGCAACCUCCGCAACUUCGAGAACCUCGUCAAUCAGGAGACCUUCUGGGUCACCACGGAGAUUGUACGGGAACCCAACCAGACCAAAAGGAUGAAGAUAAUCAAGCACUUCAUCAAAGUCGCCCUGCAUUGUCGCGAUUGCAAAAACUUCAACUCCAUGUUCGCUAUUAUCAGCGGGCUGAAUCUUGCCCCUGUGUCGCGUCUGCGUGGGACGUGGGAGCGACUUCCGGCUAAAUACGAAAAGUUGUUGGCCGAGCUGCAGGAAGUCUUCGACCCGUCACGCAACAUGGCCAAAUACCGCAAUCUUCUAAACAAGCACAAUCUCCAACCACCAAUCAUUCCUCUUUUCCCCGUCAUAAAGAAAGACCUCACGUUUCUACACGAGGGGAACGACUCUAAAGUGGACGGAUUGGUCAAUUUUGAGAAACUGAGAAUGAUCGCUCGUGAGAUCAGACAUGUGGUUCGGUUGGCGUCCGUCACCAUGGAUCCAGCGCAGCUCUUCAGGACAAGGAAGAAAAAAUGGAGGAGUCUUGGAUCUCUGAGUCAGGUGAGCAGCUCCUCGUUGUCCGAGGGGACGGUGAGUCACCGAAGAAGAGGCAGACGGAGCUCCUUCCUCAGCGCAAAGAAACUGUACGAGACGGAGUUGAUGAGCAGACGAGUGCGGCAGUACUUGGACAUGCGCACACACGAGAGCGACGAGGACACCUUACACGCCCUGUCUCUGCAGUGGGAGCCUGCCAGCAACUCCACGCAUAAAACAGGCGCAGAGAAAAGGAGAGUUGAUGCAUCUCCAGCAAUGCCAAGAAGCCCUACGCCAAAAAAUAUACCUCGGAAGAAGCCACCUGCCAAAGAAACGGCACCCUAUGGUGCACAUUCGCCUGUGUCUCACCAUUCAGAAGAAUGCCCGGAUAGGCACAAAAGACAACAGGAAAACAUCCAAACAAAACCACCUUCUCACCGCUCAUCCCCGCCUACUUUACCUGGCAGCUCGUCCAGAAAAGCAGGCCCCGAUCAGCUUAGUCUCCUGAGUUCCUCAUCAUCCGACCUGAUCAUAGCAGAGGAGAACACUCACACCCACGUUCAUGCCCCCCCUCAACCUCGCACAUUCACACAGACUCCUAACACACACCGAGCGGAACCAGACCAGAUCAGUCUCGGAUCUUAUUCGCUGACUCAGGACCAGUGCGAUCGCGCCUCAUUGGAUGCUGUUGACAGUGGGCGGGGCAGCUGGACCUCCUGCUCGAGUGGUUCCCACGACAACAUCCAGAGCAUCCCUCAGCGCAUCGGUUACUAUGACAGCCGCAGCUGGGAGACUCUAUCAGAGGGGCCAGGGAUGGGGCGGAGCCAGUCUGCCACACCCCUGGGCUACUGGGCAGACGAAUCGGAAGGCGACACGGGCACGAUCAAGCGCCGAGGGGGAAAGGACGAGGUGCCGGUGGUGCCAAAGCCCGUCACAAGUCGAAGAGAGAGCCGUUUCCGAGAGCCUCCACCCACUCCACCUGGAUACACCGCUCUUCCACUGUCCGAGGUCGAGGAGCUCGGCCAUAAUCCCGUCCACAGUCAGACACCCGGGCGACGCCCGCCAGACUACAACGCAGCUUUGCAGAGGUCCCGCCUCAUUAAGAGGUCAUUGGACUUAGAACCGCCCCCACAGCCACGCCCACAUACCCGCAUGCACGGAUACACUCACUGUCCUACGCCACGCAGACCAACAUGCGAUGAAAAUGAGCAGAUUUCAGCAGUAUGAGAUCAGCACACAGCCUCGCCUCAUUCGCUCGCUAGGAACUGUAUUCAAAGCUUCUGAAAAACCAAAUCGUCUCAACUCUCUGCUCCUGCUGUCCUCUGAUUGGUUCCCACAGCUGUCACUCAAAUCCCAAGUUGAGUGAGUGAGAGUGGACUUAGUGGUGAAGAGACUCAGAAACUACCACAUCGUUUGACAUUCAUUCUUAUUUUUAAUUUGCUCUUGGUUUGAAAUCACUGUGAGAACCACAAGAAAGAUGUUUUUUGGCACUUUGAAGGGAAGAAAAUGAAGGAAGACGGACUGAGUUUCACAAACAGAUGCUGAUAUUUUUUAUUUUAUGGAAACAGUGUUACUUCAAUUGAUGUCUAAAGCCUACGCUUUAUGUGUGUGUGUGUGUGUGUGUGUGUGUGUGUGUGUGUGUGUGUGUGUGUGUGUGUGUGUGUGUGUGUGUGUGUGUGUGUGUGGCAUGCAAGGAUACUUGAAAUAGAGCGUGAUGGCGUGUGUGUGUGUGUGUGUGUGUGUGUGUGUGUGUGUGUGUGUGUGUGUGUGUGUGUGUGUGUGUGUGAGUGAGAAAAGCUGCCCGUCAUCGACCUCAGAAACAACUGUGUUGCUGUCAGUAUUCAAUCGUUCAUGUUCACGUCUUGUGAUUUCAAUCUGAUUUCUCACACUGAUUUUUUUAAUGCAUUUUCAGGCAUUUUUAUGUUUUAAUUCAUUUCAAUCAUGUUUUAAUUAAUGAAUCAAAUUUUCAUUCCUCUCUUUGCCAGUUGAAUGGCAUUAGGCACAAACUGUUGCACAGAUGGAGAAAGUUGGGGGAGAAAAAAAAAGAAAAAAGUUUGCAUUGUUAUUAACUGUUAUGAAAGUUAUUAUGUAGCUACCUUUUUCAAUCAUAGGUCAUAUAUAUGUAAGUAUGUAUGUAAGAAUGUAUGUAUAAGAUAAGAGAUGUAAGAAUACAUCUAAGACUUCAAGAUCUUCGUUUGUCCCUGCCUGAACCUUUUCAUACCACAUGUAUUUCUAUGUCUUUUAAAAAGACAGCUGGUAAAAGUCUGUAUCACAUUUUGUAUUUUUAAUACAAAAAAAAUAAUGUAAAUAUCGGUUAUAUUUUGUUUAAAAAACUGCAGAGAGCUAUAUGCUGUUUGAGGUGACGUUCGGCUACGACGAAUUCGAAUGACCAAAAAUAAAAUACUGUAGCAACAA